GCCUCACAGCCAUGGCUGAAGCAAUGAAGUUGCAGAAGAUUAAGCUUAUGGCCAUGAACAGCCUCCAUGGAAGCGGAAGUCAGAAUGGGACCGAGUCGGAGAAUGAAGAACUGAAUUCGAAUGCAGGUGGAAGUGAAUCCUCGUGGGAUAAAGAGAAGCUUCAGUCGCCGAUCCCAACAGGAUCUCAUCACGGGAUUAGCCACGCGGCACUGUCAGGGCAGGCCAAUUUGGGGAGCACUCACCCACUUAGUCCUCUGCAGCAGAACCAUCUGCUCACAAACAGGAUAGACCUGCCAUUUAUGAUGAUGCCCCAUCCUCUCCUUCCGGUUGGCCUACCUCCUGCUUCUGUAGCGAUGGCCAUGAAUCAAAUGAACCAUCUCAAUACUAUCGCCAACAUGGCUGCAGCAGCACAGAUGCAUAGCCCACUUUCAAGAGCUGGAGCCUCAGUAAUAAAGGAAAGGAUCCAAGACAGCCCUUCGCCUGCUCCAUCUGUAGAAGAGGGCCAGAGACCUGGGAGCCAUGCCUCUUCACACCAGAGCAGCAGUGUUUCAAGUUCCCCCUCCCAAAUUGACAACACACCAGAUAGAAUUGGUCUGUUAUCAAAUAUUAGAGAAGGAGAAGCAAUAGAUCAAGAAUCUGGGCCCAAUCCCAAAAGACUCUCAAAAGAGAAAGGACUAUAUCCAAGGCUUCUUGACAUCUGGUAUGUGGGAAUGAUCUUCAUGAGACAGGGGAAGAGAUGCUGCUUAGGGAAUGAUCAGAUAAGGGACGGAGGAGCCCACAACUACAUAACGGAGAAAGAAGCUCAGAAAGGAACAGGAUUGCUGAAAGUCGCCGUGGAUAACGCCCGAGUGCAGGAAAAGCAGAUCCAACAGGAAAAGAAGGAACUAAAGAUGGAGCUGUGCAGGGAAAGAGAGUUGAGAGAGAACCUGGAAAGGCAGCUUACGGCUGAGCUGCAAAGCAGAGCCACGAUUCAAAAGCGCUUGAAAAAGGAGAAGAAAGCGAAGAGGAAAUUGCAGGAAGCUCUGGAGUUCGAAUCGAAGCGGAGAGAGCAAGUGGAACAAGCGCUGAAGCAGGCUACGACGGGGGACGGUCUCAGGAUGCUGAAUGAUGCUGGGAUUCCGGAAAUGGAAGUUGACCACAACGGGACUCAACAUGAGAACGCGGCAAUGCAAGAAAACAGAGCAUACAUCAAACCAACCAUUAUGUACUGAAGAUGCCUAAUUUGA